UCCUACCACUGAACUGUGUGGUAGGAGCAGUGCCUUGGCAAAUAGAAUCUGAGGUGAAGCAAGCGAAUGGUGACAGCCCGACACCUCGUGGAUGCCCAGAUAGUCGAGUGUCUGUCCCCGUUGCCAUGCGUCCACAGGUGAUCCAAUGGGCUCACACCUCUCUGCUCACCUGCCACCCAGGGUUCAAAAGGACUAUGCACACCAUUUCCCAGAGGUUCUGACUACCACCCUGAGGCUAACGUCCAGACAGAACACCUGACCAGGAGCUGGAGACGUGCCUCCGGUGCCUAGUGUCCCAGAAACCGGCCUCCUAGAGCAAGCAUCUGUUAUGGGUGGAAUACGCCCAUAACUCACUCCCUACGUCAGCCACCGACAUGUCCCCGUUCCAGUGCAUCUUCAGGUAUCAGCCCCCUGUCUUCGCGGAGAUGGAGGAGGAGGAUGUCACUGUUCUAUCUGUCCACGCCAUGGUCCGGCACUCCCAGCGCAUCUGGGCAACUGCUCGCAAGGUCCUCAUCCACAGCAUGGACCCCAUGAUGAGGGCUGCUGAUCGGAGGCAUUGACAGGUCAAUGGCAGCUGCUGUCUGACAUGAUGAUGGUUUGUAUGAUCAGUAAAAUCAAUUACAGACACAGGUGUGAUUAAAACAACACAACCACACUUACAGAAACAGCCACGGAGCACGGAGCAGGUAAUGACUCUGACUGAUUUGAAUACACAACGUACUUUGUCUACACAUCAUUUCACUUCUGACAUGAAUUUGUAUAAGUACUGAGGCUGCAUUACACAGACUGUACAGUAUGUCUGCAGCAGAUACUCAGACACAAGAGUCCACAAAGAGACGACACAGAGGGAGGAAGGUCACAGACAGAUCCUGAUCAGACAUGUCAGUAAACUCUUCCUCCUCCUCCUCCUCCAACCACUCCCUUCUUCAUCCUCACCUUUUGUCCAUCAACUCCUCUCUUCCUGUUGGUGAUGAGGCAAUAAAUAAUUGCUUCAUCACCAAACCAGGCUCCUUGAUUUUCAUCUCGUACAACAUCACCUACAUCCUCCUCCUCCUCCCUGUCUCCAUCUUCGUCCUCUACCUGGGUGUCCAGCGAUGGUGGAGACAGCGUUUGUCCUCCACAUCAGCAAAGACAAGUCACUCUGACAUCUUCACCUACCACAUGGCCACCAUGGAGCUGGUUGGUGUCGUCGGGAAUGCCUUGUGCUGCAGUGGUGUCUACAGACGUAAUUUUAGCAUAUUAUUUUUGGGCUUAAAUCCUAUGAGCUUCACCUGGUAUGGAGAGAUGUUCUUCCACAUCCUGACCUGUGUGGAGCGCUACCUGGCUGUCGUUCAUCCCAUCAUCUACCUGAGCCUGAGAGAAGAGAGAGGGAUCAGAAUCAGAAAUAUCACCAUCGGCUGUGUUUGGAUGUUUUGCUUUGCAUGGACUUCGGUCUCGAACAUGAACAAUGUCAUCUCAAUUGUAGAUUUGUGCCUGUUGUUUUUCUCCUCUGUUGUCAUCUCUUUCUUCAGCCUCUCUGUCCUCUGCACUCUGAUUCGUCCAAAGCCAGGGGAACAGAGCAGGGACAGGCAGAGGGUCGACCAGUCAAAGCAGAGGGCAUUCUACACCAUCAUGGCCAUACUGGGAGUGCUGCUGUUGAGGUGUAUGUCUAAUUUUACAUGGGCUACACUGUACACUUUUAGACCAAGUCACAAUUGUGUGUUAAUAACUUUUGAGAUCUGGUUUAAUCUUCCCAGCAGUCUGGUGUUACCUCUUCUGUUUCUGCACAGAUCAGGGAAACUAGUGUGUUUAAGUCAAAUCAGGUCACUUUUAUUGAUGUAGCCCUGAAUCAUAACAGAAGUUAUCUCAUAUAGAGCAGGUCCAGACUGUGCUCUAUAUAAGAUUAUUCACAGAGGCCCAACAUUUAGCUCCUGAGUAAGAACUUGGCGACAACAGAGAGGAAAAUCAAAGGAUUAGAUCAGAUUUUCAUCAAGAAAAUUAAUGAAGUAUAGAGAACAAUAGAAAAAUUCUUUGGCUCAUAU